CCCCAAUGAUCCUACAGCAGCCUCCGGAGCGAGACCCCCCGAGUCGGGCCCAGCGCGACCCGCGGGCUGCCUCGGGGGCUCCUCGAGGCCUGGACGCGAGCUCCCCUCUCCGAGGAGCUUUGCCCAUGAGCACCAAGCGGCGCCUGGAGGAGGAGCAGGAGCCCCUGUGCAAGCAGUUCCUGUCUGAGGAGAAUAUGGCCACCCACUUCUCUCAACUCAGCCUGCAUAAUGACCACCCUUACUGCAGCACCCCCCUGACUUUCUCCCCAGCUUUGCCCCCACUCAGGAGCCCUUGCUCUCAGCUGCUUCUCUGGCGAUACCCUGGAAACCUGAUCCCUGAAGCGCUGAGGCUGCUGAGGCUGGGGGACACCCCUGCCUCCCACUACCCUGCAACACCAGCUGGGGAAAUAAUGGAGCUCUGAGUGCUGGUGGGCGGCAUACCUGCUCACCCUCUUUCUCCCCCCACAACAGGGGAGACCAACACCCCAUGAAGGGACUAUCUGCCCUGCUUUUCCUCCAGACCAGGCCUUUGAGCACCAAGACCUUCCCCUAACAGAGGAGGACACAGCCUGGGGUAGGAAGCACAGUAGCAAUGGAAAGGGAGGCAUUUUCCUGUAUCCCCCAGAAAAACUGAAUAAAGAUUGCUGA